AGUCAACGUCGUUGCAGCCCGCCGGGACGCCUAUCGUACCGCAGCAUUAGGCGCAACGCAAGUCACCAUCGUUGAAGCCAGCCGGCACGCCAAUCGUACCGCAGCAUCAGGCGCAACGAGAAGACGUCUGAAGCCGUCGCCGGGACGCAAAUCGGACCCGCAGCAUUGGGCUCAGGCAGAGGGAGCACUUUCUACGCCAGCAACAGCGAGGCCGUACCAAUUUCAGAUAAGUGUCCUAUCCCACAUACAAACACAAUACAUUCAUCCAAACAUCCAUAAAUCCAUUCUACAAACACCUAAUUCAUACAUCCAUCGCUCCAUAACCAUCCAUAUAUCACGCACUAUUCAAAAGGCCAUCCCACUGUGCACAAUCAAUCACAAAAUUCAAAAUUUUGCACGUUGUCAUAUUUUCAUCCAUUACGCAUUAGUCGUACCUACCUACUCACUUCAUAAUUCAUACGAUUUCAAUUACUGGCGCGCGCACUCAUUCGAGCUGCGCAAGAGACUGAAACCGGCUCAUUAGCCGACGUCAACUGCAAGCGACGUGCAUAGGUAAAACGUACCUAGUUAUAGUUAGGUAUAAGUUUAACUUAUUAUUUGCAGCGAUCUAGCGGGCGGCCGGUAACAAACCAGUUUUUGUUCACCUACAGCUGUUAAACUAACUUUAAUAUGUCUCUAAAGGAAUUAAUAAUAAAACGCAGCAGCAUUAAGGGUCGUGUUACCAAAUUUAAGAACUAUAUCUCUAAGGUUAACAAGCUUUCAGUGUUAGAUUCGUUGGAAUUAGGCGAAUUAAAACUUAAAUUAGGACACUUCCUGAUUGGACGGCCUCCAACUAAGCUGCCGUCACCGAAUAUUGAAGACUUCAGUUCGAGCAGCCUGGAACGCUACUCGAAGCUUGAACUCGUGCUACUGCAAGAGGAUAACGGCGCACCCCUCAACUGGCGCCUCGACUGGGUCACCGCUCUGUACCCAGAAUUGAUGGAGUUUCCAGUAUCACCGAUAUCCGAACCGCGAGAGGAGUGGUGCGCAGGGCUUUGACUAGCAUUUGCCCCUUGCUUCCCCAGAUGGACUUUUUUCCUCUUAAACAACGUUUAAGAGGGGGGGAAUUUAUGUUAACGCUUUUUAUUAUAGUGAAAGACUAUAGUGAAGUUGAUAGUGCGUGCAUGUACCUACUAUUUGCGUUCGUAAUGUAGAUCGUGCCUUAAUUACUUAUCUAUGGUCAACUGUCGUAUUUAUGAAUUGUCAAAUGUCUACUUAAGUACCGUCACUUGUAACAAGACGUUGGUUGAAUUACACACACUACGCUGAAGAUACUUAACUGGUUUUAUUUGUUCCUUCCGGCGUUCCUAAAAAUAGAAGAUCUGCCCAGCAGC